UUUUUUUUUGUUUUCUUUUGCAUCCCUCAUUCCCAAUAUGCAUUUUCUGAUUGUGGGGAAUACCUUUAUAUUAUUGUGAUGGAAUGCAAAUAACGUUUUAUAGAACGUGUUAGAAUUUUUUCCUUCGAACUAAGGUAUUUCACAAACAGAAUCAUUCGACAAAAAGGUAAAAUGUAUUAGGGUUUUGACAAGUUCUGUCUGGCAAAAUUAUGGGUCACCAAGAGAAAGGUUAAUCAAAAACACGUUAUUGAUGAAGAAAACUACGUAUGCUAAAGGGUUUUGACUUCAUGUGGGAAUAUUGGAAGAAAUGCUUUUAUCAAAUACAAAGCUUUUUUAUCUAUAGUAUCGAAAAAGAAAAAAAAAUCAACUAUACCUUAAGGUAUGAUCCAUAUUCCACAUAUCAAUAUAAAAACAGACUAAGUUUAAUGAGCUCAAAACCUGUGGUAAAGACGGUUUCAAAAGCAAGAAACUUGAGAAGGUUUGCGUUUUUCAUUACCAAAUUAAACUUCUUGUCUUCUGUGGAGCUACUUCUUUACGAAAGGUGUUGCACUUUGUCUUUCGUCACAAGUUGCUUAGCAACACUAAGAAAAAACAACACAUUCGUGGUAUAUUGUGUUCCGUUAUAUGCCUUUGAGAAAUACAAACUUGGAAUUAUUAUAAAAUGCCACAGAAAAUAUGAUAUGAGCAUCAGACAUUCGUCAGCAUUCAACAAAGAUUCAAUAAGCCUUCAAGCUAAUAACAAAAAUAUAUCAAAAAUCAUCAUGUUCAAAUACGUUGCUUUGUUCUGCAUUAUUUCCGUGGCUAAUGCUGGAAUUCUUUCUGGAUCUUUGGGUACUGUUGUCUCAGCUCCAACUGUCAUCGCAGCUCCAAGAAUUAUAUCAGCACCAGCCGUUAGUGUUUUGAGAACAGCACCAAUAGCAACUAUUGGAGCUCCAUUGGGAAUUAGCAGUGGAUUGAUAUCUAAUGGUCUUAUUUCAAAUGGACUGGUUUCGGGAGGAUUAAUCUCAAAUGGACUUGUAUCUGGUGGAUUAGUUACUAAGGGAUUGGUUUCUGGCGGUUUGAUCUCUGGAGGAUUAGUGUCAAGCGGAAAAUUGUUGAUCUAAAAAUGUUAGUUCUUGUAAAUCCUUUGAUAUUGGAUACAAUAA